CGUCCGUCCAUCUGUCGUUCCUCGGCCACCCUCGGCCGCCAUCGCCAUCGCCGACGAUCGUCCGAUACGCCCUCCUCGCCCCUCGCCGAACGGGGCGACUUUGCCGCUGACGUCAUUCCGCGAGAAAUUAGACGCGCGUGCGCCACGACUGCCGGCCGCCACGAGCGCGCGUCUAAUUUCUUAAGCUAACUUCAUGCGACUCGCGGAGAGAAUAAAAGGUUCGAGUUUUAUAUUCAUGAUUACGAUAUCGUUACGCAAUAUCAUGCGCGAUGAAAUCAUGCAUCUUGUUUUUUCUUCUCCCGUUUUGGCGCCUACGGGACGCGAGAGAAGUUUUCAAAACGAAUGCGCAUACGUCGUAAACAGGUUUCCGUCCGUUGAGCGUUAGGGAAUUACGGCUGUGGUCCACUUGACGGUACAAAUGCUUCGAAGCAUAUUCCUCGUCUUCUUUCUUUCAAUGAAGAAAGAAGAAGAAGAACGCUUCAAAGCAAUUAUUUGUAUAUAGCGUCAAGUGGACCGCAGCCUACGUUGGAUGCCCUGAUGCGCAUUUAAGGGCAAAUUCUCAGAAUGUCAGGAUCGGCCUGGGGGUCGAUCAUAUAUAUGUAUGACGAUUAAUUAAUCUAUGCCGAUAAAAUAUAAAUUAAAUUAGAUUACCAACUUAAUCGACAAUUAAGGAGUUUGUCGGAGUUUGGUCUCAAGGUCGCUUUUAAAACUUUCUUUUCAAGUAAAGAGAAUGCAAUAAAAACCGGCGUACAACGUAAUAUAUAUUUUUUUAAUAAGUUGGAUGUCGAAAAAACAUACUUUCGAUGUUGAAAUUGGACUGUCUCGUAAAUUAUAACCCGUACUUUAAGGGCCACUUUGACCAAGCUCCGAUUAACUUAAUCGUUGAUUAGUCAUUUGUCAAUCUGUUUCAUGAGCAAAUGCGAUUGGUCAUUUCCAUUGGACUAAUCAACGAUUAAAUUAAUCGGAGCUUGGUCGAAGUGGCCCUAACUUAAAUAUCGCGAGUUUCUAGUUCCGAGCAACGUGUGUUUAUUAUUUACUGCCACGGAUAUAUCCUUGAAUGUCAUAACGGCAAUAUUUUGGGAACUCUCAACUUCGAUGUUACAGAAAGCAAUUAGUAACUAGUCGAUUUCGGUAAGUUACAGACUAAGGGACGACCUCAAACACGAUAUCUGUAUAUCAGAGAAGUCUCAAGGGGAAACAAAUAACGAUAUAAUGCAGAAUUAAAAAGCUGGUGACAAUUUAUGUGAAAAAUCUGUAGGAUAGAAAUAGGAAUAUAGAAGAAAUUCACACAAAAGAGAAAGCAUCACAAAUUUUUUCGCACAAUAUAUAGACCAGAUGUCUGAUAACAUUGAUGACGAAGUGGUGGUCGUAGAAAUCGCUACAGCGAAAAAAUACGUGAAAACCUUAAUAUCCAAACUUCCUGAUAUGAUAAAUGAUAAGCCGGAAGUAAUGAUGCGAAGAUAUAAACAUGUAUUGACCAUGAGCGAAAACACCAUUAUGGCAAAUUAUUUUGUAAAUCAUCCAAAUAUAUUGCAAGAAAUGUUGAAUGCUGUGAACAGUAAACCAGAUGUUGUUGAAAUAGUGAUUUGUAUUAUUAAUAAUGUAUGCAGCAAGGAUGAAACAAUGAUUCUCAUAAUAGGCAAUGACCUAAGUUUUGUAUCAUCUAUCCUAAGUCAUUUAAAAUCCAAACACGAGUUGCUACAAUUGAGUGUUCUGAGAUUCUUAAAAGUAGCAGUGCACACGAUCCGAAACAAUUGUGCACCAAGUUGGUUGAGGUGUGCAUCAGGGCACUUGAAGAAAAAUGAAUCUCUUGGACGCUCUAUAUUCGUUAUACUUGAGUUUGAAUUUACCGAAUCUAAUGAAAAGUUAAUAGAAACAGUCAUUGACCUGGUCAAGGAAAUGGCUGAGACAAAAUUGAAUCGAUCUGCAAACGAUAAUUCGAAUCAAUCUAAUUUUCUAGAGGAAAUACAUGUAAAUGGAGUCUCUAUCAAUAUAAAUGAUAUAAUUUAUAAAAUAACGAUCCGUUGCAAGCAAAUGGUAGAAUGGAAACGUAAAAGAGAGAAACAGAUAAAUUUAGAGCUUACCUACAAUUGGCUAUCAAUAAUGACGAUUAUGAAAACAAAGAUAGCUGUGUUUUACAAUGAAUUGAAUUUACACGGCUUAAUAGUGGAAUGCUUAGUUUGUGUUUUCGAUCCAUACCGGGAAGUUUUACUUUCAGAACUGAUAACUGAUAAACGACCUAAAAUUAUUGAUUUAAUUUCCAAAUAUGCAUACCUAUUGCCAUAUUUGGAAUACAAUUUGUCACAUCGCAUAAAUAACAUUUUGAUGCGCACAAUUUCAAGUCUUAAAAUAGUUUUAGGUGUAGUAUCAAAAACACUGAAAUCAGAUUCUGACAAGUUUUUAGACGCUCUGGAAAAUGAUAACAAAUUAACAAUUUUAUUGUACGAUCCAGCUUAUAGUAUAAGUAAUCCAAAAGCAACACGGUUAUUAAAUUUACAGUCGUCAUUACCUAACUUGUUAAGAAACCUGGAGGAAGCCUGGUUGAACAUGAUUAAACAUCUGUAUAAAUCUUCUAUAAAAGAUCUCGUACUCUUAAUUGAACCGUUUUAUGACGAAAAGGAUUAUUUCUUGCAGUUGCUUGUUCAUAAACGUAUAUUAGAUGAAAAGUCGGUGAAAAAGAUUGAGAAUAAGAUAAAUAAAAUAAUAUUGUUAUUCGGAGUAAAUGAAGAGAAAUAAAAAAAAAAUAAAGAUAAGGAAUAAUUAACGACGUACUUAUUUUUACGAAUUAUUAACGUACUUAUUAAAAUUCAUAUUUUUGACGAUUUGUAAUGGUAUUUUUUUAUAUUAUUAUU